UCUUGCGGUAAUCCGUUUCCCUCUUCCUCGCUGUGCGCUCGACCUUGCACGUCCGACCUGUCGACUCUUCAUCCCCGGUGGAAGCAAUGGUGUCUAGGAAGCGCAAUCACGAAGAGGUGGACGAAGGGUCGACAGAGUGGCCUCGCGACGAGCGCCAUGGAAAGCAGCAGAAGACAGAUCGUGCGGCGCAGGCGGCCAUCGAAUCGAACAGCGACUCGUCCUACGUCUCCGCCGCAGCAGCGGUGUUUAGCGAAAGUGAAGGAGGCUCUGCUGGCUCGUUGUCCUCGCUUGAAGAGUCGGACUCAGAUCUGUCGACGUCGUCUGAAGAGCCGUCAUCCGAGUCCGACAGCGACGAAGACAGCGACGAAGACAGCGACGAACAAGACGAAGACGAGAAUGAUGCAGAAGACGUUCGGGAUGAUGGAGAGGAGAUAACAAACGUGCGCCCGGGAGGCAAGCCACGCAUCACAAAGGAGAGCACGGAUAGCAGUUUGCUGCGUCGCCUGAAGAAUUUUCUACCCGAGAUGCGGGCCGCGAAUGAAGAGCUGGAGAGGGAGCGUGCAGCUGGGACUCUGGACAAGCGGAACAUGGAGGCCUGUGACGACGAAGAAGGGCCGCAUAUUGAGAUGAAUCUCGGUCUUGGCGUGCUGGAAGAGAAGCCGCAUGGUGAAGAUGUGCAUGAUGAAGACACCAGUGCGGGCGAAGAGGAUGUGUUGCGCAGGCUGAUGGGCGAAAAGCAGCGACCAGCUCGGGAGACGAUGAUACAGGAAGUUGGUGAGAGCUGAGGUUCGGUGCCCACAUUGCACGACGCAUCCAGACCAGUAUCACAAAUGCGUAGUCUGUGACUUGGCCAAGCGGGCUUGACAGAAUACACGGGCGACAAGAGGGGCCACUGGCUUAUUGAGCGCCAGCGAGGUCGACAUGUUGGAUUAUCAAGGGGGGAACAGCUCGUAGGCGUCUCCCAACCCGAGCAAAACCCACGCAGGGUACAUCCGCUUAUCAAAGUAGACCUUGAUCGGGGAGAGUUUGUCUGAUCAAGGCCUCCCCCGCAUGCCAUGGCUAAGCAAGCCAAGGCAAGUUCUGUUCUGCUGUCUACCGCUAGGCAUUUUCAGCCCCAGCUGGAAAACCAUCUGGCUGGCAGCGGCCUUUCUUCUCUGUAAAUACGAGCUGCAGAUGAGAUAACCAGCGUUGACUCGCGUCCAAGCUGCCGAAAUUUUUGAGACUAGAGACAAGUCGAAAAUGCACGUUCCAGUGAAGACUGACG